AACCAAAAAAAAAAAAAGAAUUAGAACGGGAGUAGACGAUUGUAUUGUUUUGCGUAUUAUUUCGCCGCAAAUAGGAUUGUGUUAUAAUUUGUGAAUUGGAAUUUUGCGACGUUUUGAAUUAAAUAUCACUAAUCGUGGCAUUUAAUUUGUUUCCGUAGAAUUAAUGGUGUAUUUUGAAGUAAAGGAUCUUAAUUGCAGCAUUUAUUGUGAAUUUUCUAUUAACUGCGUGAUUUGUAAACAAACAAAGGAAUUGUUUUGCUGAGAAGCAAAAUGUGGGCUCAUUUAGAACGGGGAAGUUCGCCGGUGGACUGGUGCGAGUCAAAUUAUUCUAUUUCACCAGUGAUUGCCGAAUUCGUUAACACGGUCAGUAAUAUAUUGUUCUUCCUGUUUCCACCGGUGCUCAUCCACCUGUUCCAAGAGUACUCGCGGUUUGUGAACCCGGCCAUUAACGUGGUGUGGGUGUUGCUGAUGGUUGUUGGACUCAGCUCUGCUUACUUCCAUGCUACUCUCAGCUUAGUUGGUCAGUUACUGGAUGAGCUAGCAAUACUAUGGGUCUUUAUGGCUUCCUUCGUUAUGUUCUUCCCAAAGCGACACUUCCCGAAAUUCUUGGGAGGAAAUAGGAGGGUGUUAGCGUAUUACGCCAGCAUAUUCUCGGUGGUGUCUACCGGUUUCCUGGUGAUGCAUCCGGCGGCUAACGCCUUCGCCCUGAUGACUCUGGUCUUCCCCGCUAUUGGAUACAUGUGGCGAGAACUUGUAAGAGUUAAAUGCGCUCGAGUCUACCGUUUGGGACUUCGUUGUGUGGCUGUAUGCUUUCUGGCUAUGUUCUGCUGGAUUAUGGACCGUCUGUUCUGCGACGCGUGGCUCUCCAUUGACUUCCCAUACAUGCACGGAGUUUGGCACAUCCUUAUAUUCAUAGCUGCCUACACCGCAGUCGUGCUCUUCGCAUUUUUCAACGUCUCAGACGAACGGCCGGAACAGAAACCCCAACUGAAAUACUGGCCAAAGAACGACUUCGAGCUCGGAAUACCCUAUAUUACGUUCAAACAUCCCUACAAGUCAGAUAAGAAUCUAGCUAUUUAAUUUAUUUAUUUAUGUUACGUAUUUAUUUUAAGUUAGAUAUUAGGGUGUUUUGGAAUAGAGUUUGCUUAUAAAGUACAAUGAAUCAUUACAUUUUGAGGCAGUCAAAAUAACAAAAGUGAAUAAACGCGAUACCAAAAAGUAGUUGUUUAUGUUUUGUUUUUAUAAAUACUCAUGAGUUCAUGAGUCGCAAAGAGUUUCUUACGGACUGUUUUAUUUGAAACUUUAAUUCUGAGCUGAUUUAAUUAUAUUUCGAGAAUUGAGAUUGUUUUGAUAAUGUGCAACUCAUUUCAAUUUACGAGCUUGAAGUAAUUGAUUCUAGUGCCAAUCUGUGAUGUUAUAGCGUAUGUUUAUGUAGACAUGUUUACCAUGAUGUGCAAUGAUUUCAGUUUUAACUAAUUAAAGAUGUUUUAACGUUUUCUACGAAUUUUAUAGUUACUAAUUGGACUUGUAAAUUUAUAAUUGCUGUAUUUUGUGACAAAAUUGUAUUUAUGUCAAUUAAAAACCUUUAUCUGUUUAAUUACAUUUUAUAGAAAAUAAUUAUGCUUUUAAAGCAUUUACGUAUUAAAUGUUUGUGAUGUUUGAUAUAUAUCUGAGAUAUUUUUAUAGUAGUAAGUUUUAGAUUUUAGUCAGGUGGUUGAUAAAUAUGGUUUAGAUACCUAUAAUGGUUCAGCUUCAUGUUAAAGUAGCAUUAAUUUACAAUUAAUCUUUGUCCUGUACAAAGAUCUUGUCUUGUCAUACAUUUUGUCAAAGGUCAAAGAUAAAUUAUGGAUUUCUGAUUACUAAAUAAAGACAGGUCUAAAGUUAGUCUGAAGGUGACAAAAAACGUUUUCUUUUUUCUAUUUAACAUAUUUUAAUAAAGAAAAAUGUAGUAAGAAGCGUGACAUUUUUCACGUUUUUCUAUGAUGUCACAGGUUGCUUUUUCAUACAAAUUCCAUAGGUAGUAAUUUCGUAUUUUGACGUUUAGUAAAAAGUAAGUAAUUUGACUAGUUCUAACUACCCUAUUAGGUGUAAAAGGCAAGUAUGGUGGUUGUGUGCAUAAUGUUAGAUAAGUUUGAAAGUAAUAAUUAUAUUAUUGUUGUUAUAAACAUAUUAGUAAUAUUGCAGCUCAAUUUGUGAGGUAUUUUUAUUUAUUAUAGGUAAAGGAAAAUGGGCAAAAAUCUAAGCAUGAUGGUGAUACUGAAAUGCCCAUCCCCUUUUUUCAGAACCACUUUAGUAGCUUUUGUGUUUUGAUACAAAAAUGUUAAAAAGUUUGUGUGCCAAUUAAAAUUCCAUUCGAUUGUAGUAAUUUUGAACAGUAUGUUAUAAAUAUUAAAGAUCUUCAGUGAAUAUGAUUAUGUUAUGUACUAAGAUUAAAUGUGAUCUGGUAAAUGCAGUUAUGAUACCUAAAUUCAUAUGCUUUGGUAGCUUCUUUACAUGUAUUUUGCCAUUUGUGGACAUGACAAUUUUAUUAUUGAAAUAUAAUAAAAAUACAUUAAAACUUCA